ACACCAUUACUUGAUCUCAUUCCAGAGUCACUUCCGCACUCAUUUGAAACCCACCAGUAACGUAUUCUCUGUAUUGGUCAACAUGGCUACGACUGGUGCAGUUCCUAGCACAACUUCGCAAACCUACCUCUGGGCCCUGCGGCUGUGUCAGGGUUUCCUCGCAUCCAUAAUACUCGUCUUGACAUCAACAUCACUAGCGGCAAAGAUCAUGUCUUCGGAGCUCUCUUUUCUGUACAUCAUCUCUUCUUACCCAGGCUUUGUCGUUGUUUGGGUCUUCACUGCGUGGACGAUCUUAUACUCUCUCAUUGCAGCUUUCCUGCCGCGGCCACGUGCAAAAUCGAGCCUGAUUGUCGGGAUUCUGAUUCUCGAUCUCCUUACCGCGGGCAUGUGGUUGGUAGCCUUCACAUUGCUAUUUCAACUUAGCGAUGGUUUGAGCUGGGCGAUCACCCCGGGGACAGAGAUGGUGGCGAGUAUAUUGAUCAGCGCUGUUGAGUGUCUCUUCUUCUGCUUUGGCGCCGGCCACCUCAUUCGCGUCAUGACUAAAAACACGAACGCCGUCAUUGACCAGAACGGCAACGCCAUCCACCUCGCGCACUAUCCGAAGCAGAAUAUCCAUGGGGUUGCUUAUUAGCCCAUCCAGCGGGCUUGAGAAACAAUUGACACCACCAUGAAGGGAUCAAAGUGGAUUUCACGGCGGACUUGAGCCUGGACAGGCAGUUUGGGAGGCGGGGCGACGCAAAAGUGCAAAGAAUGAAGAGGAUUACCGAGCAGUCUCUAUGCUUUGCAGCAUCAUAUUCUUUGAUGGACUAGCUGGACCAGGGGUGGCGGCUGUCCAUUCGUACUUCAUCUCCAGCAAGUAUCCUCAGUAACGAAUACAGAGGUUUCUUAGCCUGUCUCCCCAUUUGCUACCAGCUGCUUCGCUCCGUUUUCCUCGCCCGAGAACGCCACAUUGCCUUCCUCAGAUCAUCAA